UCCAGCCGAGCAGGGAGCCUGAGGCAGGGCUCAAUCCCAGGACCCCGGGAUCAUGACCUGAGCCGAAGGCAGUCGCUUAACCAACUGAGCCACCCAGGCGCCCCGGUAAGUAAAAUUAUUUGAACACGUUGUUAAUACUAAAGUUUCCUCUCCCACUCUGGCCAUUUGUCUCUAUCCCCAUUCUUCCUUUCUUGCCCACGACCACCUGUCUCACUGGUUCAGAACCUACAGAAGAGUGGAGCCAGCUACACAGCACCCCACACACACCCCCGACAUACACUCCCUUUGCUCACAGAGCUUUACACUCAGUAAUUAUUAAUUGGGUAGCUCCUAUGGGCCAAAAACUAAGCUAGGGCCCUGGUGACAAAUAAGCCAGACUUUGGAUGUAAGAGCCAAGAGGUGGGUAAACUGUGUUCUUUGUUCCAGCACGAGCUGGCAAGGUCUUCUGCAAGGAUUCCUGCCCAUGGCCAAAUGGAAUUUUCCACCUCCCUCUAUACUUUGACUUCUGGCUUUAUGACCUCUCACCCCAGAGCCCUAGGCCUCCAGGUUUCUGCUGUGUCACCUCUCUCUGCUGUGCUCCUAUGACACACAGCAGGGCAGCAGGGACCCGUCAGCCAACGCCAGGACAAGGCAAAGCCUCAGGGCCCCAAAUGGGUCUGGGCACGUGGAGCACAGAGCCUGAAAAACUUCCCUCUUUCUGUAACCUUUGAACCCUCUGAACCCACAACACUGUGUUGAGUGUUGCAGUUUUCAUGUUUCAUAACCAUCAUCUUCGAUGUCUGCCUCCACCAUCGGCCUGAAGGUUACCCAAGUGCAGGACUGUAUUCAGCUCUGCAUUCUCCAUGCUUGGCGCAGGUCCGUCCCCACGUAUUAGCAACUGGUGAGAUUUGUCAUUACUCAUCUUUUGGCCGCUCCAACCAGGCUACACCCCCUUUGGACAGAAUUAAGGGUUGAAUUAUGUCCCCCCUUCCUCAAAAAGCAGGUCAAAGUCCAAAUCUACUGUACCUGUGGACUUAUUUGGAAAUAGGGGCUUUGCAGAAGAGAUACAGAGAAAGUGUGGGACCACGGAGGCUGAGUUAUGUGGCCACAGUCCAGGAACGCUAACAAUUGCUGGCGACGAUCAGAAACUGGGAGAGAGGCAAGAGUGUUCUCUCUCAGAGCCUCCAGAACUGUGAGAGAAUAAAUUUCUGUUGUUUCAAGCCACCCAGUUUGUGGUAAUUUGUCAUAGCAGCCCCCAGGAAAGAAAGGAAGAAAGCAAGCCUCAUUGAAAAUGGAGUCAGCGGAGGGGCAGGGCACCUGGGUGGCUCUGUCUCUCAAGCGUCCAACUCUUGAUUUCAACUCAGGUCAUGAUGUCAGGGUUGUGAGACUGAGCCCUGUACUGGGCUCCAUGCUAAGCGUGGAGUCUGCUUGCGAUUCUUUCUCUCUGCCCCUCCUGCUCAUUCUCUCUCUGUCUCUCUCUCUCAAAUAAAUAAAUAAGUAACAGUUGGGAAGCCCUGAAGGGGGAGCACUCACAUAAGUACCACUCGCUGCAGUGAGUAUCACCAGCAGAAAGAAUUAUUUGUGACAAGAGAGGACAUUUUUCACAAAGGAAUUCCAUCUCCUACUUUUAAGAAAAAGAAGGACGAUCCCUCUCCACCCCAGCAACAGCGCAUUAAGCGCGCUUGCAGCCAACGAGAAACUGUCCAACCUCGAACUCGCCUUCUUCUCCACUGAACUUUUGUUUAAAACACCCCUCCCCAAUUUCCUCCUAAGACCUAAUAGAAGCUGACCUUUCCUCGUCUCUCCAGACUUGCCUAUGGUUCACCAGAGCUUGCACAGCGGAACUGCAAUUUCUCUGCUAUUCCUGAAUAAACUCGUUUUGCUAGUAAAGUAACUGGCUCUUCAGUUUUUAAGGUUGACAAUACGGACAACAUAAAAAUGAACCACAUGGUCCAAGUCCAAUGGCGUCAACAGGUGUGUCUGAGGUCACAUCACUCAUUUACGCCUCACUGAAUUCCACAGACACUGGUGCAUGCUCUUCUCUCCGAGAAAUCACACGCUUUGAGUUAGUGCUUCUCCUGGACUCCAUAGCGACUCUGCAGGGAGUGAUAAAAGCCCCAACAGACUGACUGAGGCACCAAGAGAAUGAAGACUCCCGGAGUUUCCGGCAUAGCGCAGAUUCUGCAGACGGUACUGGACAUGGGGCCCGACCCGUCAGGGGACACGCAGGUGACAGCGGGCGGCCAGCCGGCGCGCGCAGAGGGCAGGCCCGCGCUCCCCGGACCUCCGCCAGCAUCCGCACUCGCCACAGGCGCCCCGGGCCCGGGCGAGCCCGACGCAGUGUCCACACGCCACGGCCAGGGCGGCCCUCCGAGCACAGCGGGGACACGCCCCCGCAGGCAGCACACGCCGCGACGGCGGCCCCGGAGAGGCAAGCGAGGGUGAGUCUCCGCGGCGCGAGCCGCUCGCGGGAGCGUCCCGGGGCAGAGGUGGCCCCUCCGCCCCGCCCUCCCCGUGACGUCACAGACCGCGACGCCCGGUGCGUCAUCGCGGCGCGCCGUAGCCGCGGAGCCCUCGGCGCUGACGGACCAUGGCGGAGGUUGGCAGGGCGGCUGUGCGGGACCCGGCUGCGCUACUCCCUGGGGGCUUCUGGGCGGCGGUGGCCGUGUGGCUGGAGAGGCCUCAGGUGGCCAACAAACGUCUAUGUGGCGUCCGCCUGGACGCCCGGCGGAGUGUUGGUUUUCCCCGGGCGGAGGCCUGCGGCCACAGUCCCAACACUAGCCCGGAGCAGGAGGAGCGGGCUGCGGCCAGACCCUGUCAGCGCUCCCCCAAUGGGGGCCUGGGCCCCGGGCCGAGCACAGGCCCCGAGCUGGGCACGGCGGGUCGCGGGCCCGAGGAGUCGCCGCUCCGGCGCCCGCAAGGGGAGGACCCCAGGGAAGCAGCCGCCGCGGCUCGGCUCGCAGGGGUUCCCGGGCAGCCCGGCAAGGUUGGAGUCGGGGAGGGCGAUUUCCCUGCCGCGGACCUGGAUUCUCUCUGGGACGCUUUCUCUCGGAGCCUCGCCGGCGGCAAUCCAGAGAUGCUGGCCUUCCUUACCGGGUCCCGGGCGGGAUCGCAGCCGGAGGCGCCAGGCGAGCUCGACGUGGUUCUCAGAACCGUCAUCCCGAAAACAGGCCCUCAUUGCCCGCUUGCUGCUCCGAGGAGAGAAGUAGUCGUGCAAGAUGUCCUCAAUGGAACUGUAACUUUUUUGCCUUUGGAAGAAGAUGACAGAGGGAAUGUAAAGGUUGAGAUGGGCAACGUGUAUCAAGUCCGGCUCAGUCAGAGCCAGAAAGAAUGGUUCAUAUCUAUUUUAAUUUUCUGUCCAGAGAGAUGGCAUUCAGAUGGCAUUGUUUACCCCAAACCCUCCUGGCUGGGAGGAGAGCUGCUGGCUAGGCUGGCCCGGUGGUCUGUGGAGAGCAAGAGGAGCGGAUUUAAGAGCACCCUGUCCCUCAUUUCCAUCAUCAAAUACAGCAAGACGUACCAGAUGCUCAAGGAGAAGUAUAAAGACAUGGUCAAGGUGUGGCCUGAAGUAACCGAUCCCGAAAAGUUUGUGUAUGAAGAUGUGGCCAUCGCUGCGUACCUGCUGAUUUUGUGGGAAGAAGAAAGAGCUGAGCGGGGCUUAACGGCCAAGCAGUCCUUUGUUGACUUAGGAUGCGGGAACGGUCUGCUGGUGCACAUCCUGAGCACAGAGGGGCAUCCAGGCAGAGGGAUCGAUGUCCGAAGAAGAAAAAUCUGGGACAUGUAUGGACCACAAACUUGCUUAGAGGAAGGUGCAAUCACACCAAAUGAUAAGAACCUUUUCCCUGACGUCGACUGGUUAAUUGGUAACCAUUCCGAUGAACUAACACCAUGGAUACCUGUUAUUGCGGCCAGGUCCUCCUACGGCUGCCGUUUCUUUGUCCUUCCCUGCUGCUUCUUUGACUUCACUGGGAAAUACUCCCGAAGGCAGAGCCAGAAGACUCAGUACCGAGAGUACCUUGAUUUCAUCGUGGAAGUGGGGCUGGCCUGCGGGUUUCACGUCGAGGAGGACUGCCUGCGCAUUCCCUCAACCAAAAGGGUUUGUCUUAUUGGGAAAUCCAGAACAUACUCACCUGCUGGAGAAGGUUCCGUGGAUGAGCGGAGAACCCAGUACAUUAACAGCAGGCGGGGCCGUCCCAUGAGCCCACCUGGCGAGGCGCCUGCUCCUCCUCCACCCCGGGCCACUGUGGGACACGCGGGUCACCCCGACGGGCACCAGGCCCCGGACGCCGAGGCUGCCGAGGGAGGGGCAGAGGCCCGAGCCGACCAACUCUGGCUGUCGGGAUUUCAUCCUAGAGAAAAAGCUGAGCGCGUGAGGAAUUGUGCCGCCCUCCCUCGAGAUUUUAUUGACCAAGUGGUUUUGCAAGUGGCACAUUUGCUGUUGGAUGGAGAGCAGUUAAACACAGGAAGUACUCCAAGCAGCAGCUCGAAGGCCUGGAACCGAGGAGGAAGCCUCUCCUUGGCGGAAGUAGCCCGUAAGCUGGACAGGGGGACGCUGCAGAGGUUGAAGCGGGAAUGUGGAGGCCUGCAGACGCUGCUCAGAAACAGCCAUCAGGUGUUUGAAGUUCUGAAUGGGAGCGUUCACAUCCGCGACUGGAGAGAAGAGAAGCCGCACAGGCAGCAGUGCCCAGAGGCAAAGCGGAGGCUCUUCUCAGAGGCCUUCAAGACCCGCAUCUGCUGGUUCUUCAGUCACCACCCUGACGGUUGUGUUCUGCCUUCAGACGGCUGCCCGUUUGCCCACGGGCCGGCAGAGCUGCGGCCGCCCCAGACCCCCAAGAGGAAGAAGCAGGUUCUGUGAGCUGCUUCUGCCCCGUGAGCCGAGGCCAGGUGCGGGGGCCAAGAUGCCACAGAAGCUGACGUCCCUCCUGCCCCUGCCCCGUUGGAGUGCUGGGUCUGUGUUGUAAACGAGGUCACGCCUGUGCUCAGCGUCUCUAUUCCAGAAAGCACGGGAGCUCUUGCAGCAUCUCAUCAUUGUGAAGGUGGAGGAAGUGCCGGGACUGUCUGGCCUCUCUCAGCGGCCUGGCUCUGGCUCGCCUGACUCCCGUGUGAGAGCGGGCUCACCCCCAGCAGUGCAGCCGGUCCCGCCAACUCCUGGCUGCACGGGAAACCCAGCUGCUCUGGGUGCUCAUCACUACACGGGGGUUCUGUCAAGGCUGUAAUGCUUACAUGUGCAGGUUAUUUUUAGUUACAGGGAACAAAACACCCAUAAUCUCAUUAGCCAGGUCCGUCUAGGUGACGUGAAGAAAAAAUCCUAAGUGAUACACAACAAGGCCAGAAAAUCUAACUAUCACAGAAAGCGAAAACCCCCCCUCCUGCCCCUCCCUACUAGAUCUUCUCCCCAGAAGUGCUAUCAGCAAAUCUUUUGAUUCUAGAAAAAAAAAACCCUAUGUGUUUCUGUUUGAAAUUAUUUUUUCAGUUUUACGUAAAAGGUCACAUCGG